GGAUUUCGUAUGACAAGUAACCGUACUGCCUUGCGUACUGCUGGUACAAAUAGUAGUGCCUUCAACAGAGGACAAAUGCGACGACCAAAGAUCCAAAAUAAAAACAUAUUGCAGAAUAGAUCAUGGCGUCUUCCAACAAUGAUGCCGGCAUUCCCGAGAAUGAAAGGACACCACUUAUUCUAAGAAAAGUAUCAACUGCUGAGCGUUCUGAAGACUUCGACGCAGAUUCGUGUGACUCGUACACCAUGGCGGCCCGGAAUGAGCCAGUCGGAUUCGACAGAUCCUUUGGACUUACUUGUAUUGUGCUGCAUGAGUGUUUGCAUUCUGCCGCAUUUUACAUGAUCGUGCCUGGCCUCCUAUAUUUUGUGAGAUCCAGAGACAUGUUGAGCGAUGGGUGGGCUGUGAUAGUCACACUCAUUUUUGCAGGUGUUGCCUUUUUCCUGCCCUUAAUUGGAGGCAUCAUUGGUGACACGGUCAUGGGGAGAUACACAGCCGUAUUAUUUGGGACAGUCAUCGAACUCAUAGGGAUGGUCAUUCUGCUAAUAUACUCAAUCAUCAUGCACUUCAAAGGAAAUAUCAAGCUGCAGUGGGACAUGCUUUCCAUGCUGAUUGUGAGUUUGGUACUCGUGGCGUUUGGUAUGGGGUUCAUCAAGGCUAACGUGAAUCCAUUCGGUGCUGGGCAGUUACAAGAAACUGGAGGCAGCGCUGAAAAGAUACAAGCGUAUUUUCGCUGGUACACAUUCGCGAUCAACUUCGGGAAACUUUUGGCUUUCUUCCCGGUGGCCUUGCUCCUCAACAAGAGCCAAAUGAACGUAACAGACACAACAAACUCAUCAGCAGUACCAUUUACAACUUUCACACCGACGAUACCAACGAUUGUCACCACCCUAGUGCCAAAUAUCACAACCAAAACAGCAUUGGAAAUGGAGAAUGGAACUUUUCAGCCAGUGGAGAUUCUUGAUGUGUUCGACGCUGAAGAUGGCGAUCGCGAUUACAAAGCAGUCAUCGCCACUACCAUUCAAGUUUGUUUUGUCGGUGUGGCCAUCUUUAUCUUCAUGAUGGGGAAGGCGAAGUACAAAAUGGUGCCACCUACAGGUGGAAAGCACAUGGACUAUAUCUUCUGCUUCUAUCGAAGGCGGUUUAGCCCUUAUAUGUACCAUGAGCAUCAUGAAUACAUUGCUAAGAUGCAGAAGUACCAAAAGAUGGUGUUCCGUAUCACUUUUAUCACUGCGGCUUUGUUUGCCAUGUAUAUAUUCUACGAGGCCAUAUAUUUUCAGCUUUUGUCAACGUUCAUGCUCCAAGCGCGAGAGCUAGCUCAACCCAUUCCAAACGUCAACCUUCCUCUACCCUUCAUGAACACGUUCCAAAACGUCAUCAUCAUCGUAUCGAUUCCAAUCCUCGAGCGAUGCUGCAACUGCGAGAAAAAAGACUAUGUUUCAAAGGAAGAGGUGGAAGCAGAGGCGGCGAAGAAAUCUACAGUUGAGCGGAUUAACAAAACUCUAGUUGACAGAUCGGAUGAUCCAAAUAUCGUGAGUAUUUCUCAGACGCGCCAUCGUGGAGCUACGGUUCAGGCAGAGGAUAGCACGGAGUCAGUGGUGGUGCCGGUGAGCGAUGAAGUCAAGCAGCAAAUUGCGCUGGAGCUGGCAGCGAGAAAACGGAGGAAGACACUCUUGACUCGAAUGUGUAUUGGCAUGGUCUUUGCUGCCCUCGUUGCGCUCUCAGCUGGCAUCUUGGAGAGCGUCCGCAAGUGGAGAGUUGCAAAUAACCUCGAGAAACCCUCUCUCUUCUGGCAGCUGCCGCAGUAUGUUUUAAUGGGAAUCGCCGAAGUCUUCGGUGUAAUUUCUGCAUAUGAAUUUGCUUUUACUGAGAGUUUUCCGGGUGUGCAAGGGUUCACAACUGGCAUGUUCAUCUCUUCCUACGGACUGGGGAGUUUUGUGGCCCUCUUUCUGUAUCUCGGACUGUCAGAUAAUUCAAUGUUUCCUUUAAACGAUUACCGUAUGGACUAUGGAUACUACAGCCUGUGCGCUGUGAUGAUCUUCCUCGUCGUGAUGUUUAUGAUAUUGGGCAGGGAGUACCACAAGACGCGCGAGUAUGACCUGAAAGAACCCGCUCAUCCAUUCCCAGAAGUGAACUCUUCCAACUUGGACUCUAUGCUGUAUGAAGAUAGUGCAUCAUUAAUUUGAUUAAGAAUAUUUUUCUAAUGGAGCCUACGAUAUCUAUGAUUAUCAUCCGCCAAGAAAUAUAAAGAAUUCGAGUUAUGCAACAACUUUUUUUGCUGCAAAUGGCAAAAAUGAACAUCUGCACAUGUAUCACCUAAUGGUACUUUUACUAAGUACAUACCGUAAAUGUUCCGACUUAACCCCAUACCCUCUUGUUUCUAAAAACCAAAGGAAAUAAGGUGUGGAUACUUCAAUAAGAUCGAAUUAUGAUCGGUGCUCAUCAAAUAAUUAACAUUUUCUUGUAUUCCAUUGCUUGUCAAAUCUGUAGUUUGAGCUUUUGUAUGCUUUGGUUUAGAAGUUUUUGCGGCAUUUAUCACUUUUGAGUGAGAUCAUAUUGAUUACAGAUUACAAAUCA